GAACUUGGUGUGAGUUUAGCAUGUCACCAGGGGUGUAGUGGGAAAUCUUUGCUUUGUUUUGACCGUUGAGCCAAAGCUUGUGAUUGGUCUGGGGGGUGAGCCAUGGACUUUAUAGAUGGCUGACUCCAUAUAAGGAAUGAGCAUCAGCAAAGGAACGCUCUUUCUCCUUGAGAUAAAGAAAAUGGACCUGGACCAACACAGGUCCUGUGUGCACUCUGUGUCUGAUGACGCAGGUUUCGGGGAGGUGGGGUGGGGGUGCGUGUAUUGGAACAAGAGCUCAUGGUAAAAGAAAACGUGAUUGGCUGAGAAGGGCCCUCCCUCUGCUCUUUAUAGCUGCCACUCACCUGCAGGAGUAAAAGAAGCACGCUCAAACUUCUCCUUUCAGCUCGGAGCCCUACCCUGCCUGCAGUGUUUUUCUCCCCAGGAUUAAGCGAACUCAACGUUUUGCCUGCAAUCUUCUCUCUGCUUGCAUGCCAUGGAGCGGAUGGAGCUGAAGAAAGUGAGCACUGAGGCGGAUGAUGACAGCAACGACAGCCUGGACGAGCGCUACCCCGGGCCCAUCGACACGGAGAAGGCCACCAUGAGCAGUCAGUAUCUUGAUGAAGAGGAUGCUGAGAGUCAGAAGUUUCUCACAAACGGAAUAAUGACGAAGAAGAAGUUUGAGGAGUAUCAUGAAGAAUAUCACCCAGGUCAUGCCUCUUUUGGGAUGUCUGUGUUUAACCUCAGUAAUGCCAUCAUGGGAAGUGGGAUCCUGGGCCUCUCUUUUGCCAUGGCCAACACUGGAAUCAUCCUCUUUUUUAUUCUCCUCUUCGCUGUUGCUAUUCUGUCACUCUACUCUAUUCACCUGCUGCUCGUAACAGCUAAAGAAGGAGGCUCUCUUAUCUAUGAAAAACUGGGUGAAAGGGCGUUCGGCUGGCCGGGGAAAAUGGCAGCGUUUGGGUCUAUAAUCAUGCAGAAUAUUGGAGCCAUGUCCAGCUACCUGUUCAUAGUGAAAUACGAGCUGCCGGAGGUUAUCCGAGCCUUUAUGGGACUAGAGGAGAACUCUGGUGAGUGGUACCUGAACGGGAAUUACCUGGUUGUAUUCGUGUCUGUUGGAGUCAUCCUGCCCCUGGCCCUGCUCAAGAACCUGGGCUACCUGGGCUACACCAGUGGCUUCUCUCUCUCAUGUAUGGUCUUCUUUCUGGGCGUGUUGAUUUAUAAGAAGACCCAGCUCCCCUGUCCUUUGCCAUUCUUCUUCCACCACUCGGCUAAUAUGAGUCUAAAUGGUUCGGAGCCGAUGAAUCCGUAUGCGUUGCAUAACAGCUCAGGUCUGAUGGAGUUCUCUCGAGCAGACAUGAGCAGCAGUCACCUGGAGCCCCAUUCUCUUGCUUCACCCGUCUCUGGCAUCCACUACACCCCUCACCCAGACGACUAUGAGGACAUGUGCACACCUAAAUACUUUGUGUUCAACUCCCAGACUGCAUAUACUGUUCCUAUUCUGGCUUUUGCCUUUGUGUGUCACCCAGAAGUCCUUCCCAUUUACAGCGAACUCAAAGAUCGCACUCGGAAGAAAAUGCAAAACGUAUCUAACCUGUCGAUUCUGGCGAUGCUGAUAAUGUACAUGCUGUCGGCGCUGUUUGGCUACCUCACCUUCUACGAUAAUGUGGAGGCAGAGCUGCUGCACACCUUUACCAAGGUUUAUAAGUUUGACACUAUGCUUCUGUGUGUGCGUCUCGCCGUGCUGACAGCUGUAACACUCACCGUUCCCAUCGUCCUCUUCCCCAUUCGUUCUUCUAUCACCACACUGCUAUUUGCUGGGCGAGAAUUCAGCUGGAUCCGUCAUAUCCUCAUCGCUGCCGCUAUCUUGGUUUUCAACAAUCUUCUCGUCAUCUUUGUCCCAACAAUCAGAGACAUUUUCGGCUUUAUAGGCUCUUCUGCUGCCACCAUGCUUAUCUUCAUCCUACCUGCUGCCUUUUACCUGCGCCUGGUGAAGAGUGUACCAUUCAGAUCCACCCAGAAGAUAUCAGCAGCCAUUUUCCUGAUAGUGGGCAUUGUCUUCAUGAUUGGCAGCUUGUCGCUCAUCAUUCUUGACUGGAUCAACAAUCCUCCUGGAUCUGGAGACGGCCAUUAAACUCCUCUGCCUGACGUCCCCAAAAACGCAGACUGAGGGUUAUUAUAAGCAUGCGAUGUGACAGACACAUUGCAGAAGACACCCUCUCAGCAUUAAAGCAUUAUAAACAGACAUUCAGCCAACAUGAUCUCUUUUUCUCUCUAUGUCUUUACAUUCUUCCAGUGUCAUCACAUGUCAUCUUUUAACAUGAGCGUACUGUAUUCUUAGCGUGUGAAGUCGCGAAACUUCAGCCAUGUGGAGAGCAUCAGUGUUCAGCUGUAGGAGAUUUGGAAAAGAGAGAGAAAGAGAAGCAAAAAAGAGAGUCUGAACUGGCUGCCUCAGAUACUGCAGAAGAAAAGGCCGCCAUGGUGCUUCAAGAGGUCAUUCUCAUGAUGGAUAAAGAGCACUUCUACAAUGUGUUUCAACAUUUUUAUGUAUGUUCACAGACAGGCGCAAAUGACACAAAUAGUUUUUUUCACUGGCACCAAUAUAUGAUUGUAAGCACCAGAGAGCAUUUUGUUUUAUAGUCUGGGAUUUCUCUUUUAGGAAAAAAUACAGCAUUGCAUUUCAUUUGUAAUAUAUAUGUAAGUAGAAUGAUAGUCAUCUGAUCAAAUAGCGUUAAUUGAUGUUUUUCAGGGUUUUAAGGUAUUUGCAUUGUUCCAUUUUAUUUUAUUUUUUCCGAUCUGGACAAAAAUAUCCUCUCAAAGUUUCACAAGUGGACACGCUGCCACUAAUAUGACAAUGAUUGUGAUGCAUAUGCCAGGACUCAAGUCAAGUGUAUUGCAAUUUCCUUUCAUUGCGUUUACUCUGUAAUGCCUGAACAAAACUUCUGCAAAUGACCUCUAUGCAAGAUGAUGUGAAAUUAUUCGAUUGAAUCAAACCAAAAUUAGGGCCUUGGGGAUCUUAUCCCUAAAUGCUGAGUGUGAAUCCUAAACAUCCGGCUUCAUUCCAGCUUUGAUACCGUCAUACCACACGUGAGACACGAAAAUAGGACAGCUGGCUCUGACCUUUUUUGGCUUUAGGUGAAAUCUGAGAGCUUGAUGCCAGAAUGGGCUUCAUGGUAUUAGUCAUCAGCUACUACGUGAACACUACUAGUACUAAUAUUAAACAGGUGCUCACAUCUCACUAAUGCUGUUGCUCAGUUGAGGAAAACCCAUAGUAAGAGAGUAGAUACUGUCAGAGCAGGCUAGAAGAAUGCCUCAGCAUUUUGCCCUGUACUGUACAGCUAAAGCAAUGGCAAACAUGAACCGCAAAUAUGUUUAUGCAGGAGUAAUUUGCUGAAUUGGUGGUACUGCUGGUAGUGCUAUGCUGUGAAUCAGGGCAGCUUUCACCUUUUAACACCAAGUCCUAUUCUGUUAUCCUAUUAUAGUAUUCCCAAAUAUUGAAAAUAGUGUAAAUGGCUUAAGUGUCGUCUUAAUUCAUCUUGAUUCAGUAACAAUAUCUUCAGUUUUAUAAUGUCCUGCAAAACGUGGUUUUCACAGUUUUGCAUGAGAUAACCAUAUCGCUUUGUCCCGCUCGUGUUUCUUCAUUGUGCCAUGCCGCUGUAAAGGUUUAUUAGUCAGAAUGGAGUUGUGUUCUCAUUGGGUGCAGAGAUCAUUAGACAAACCAAACACUGCUGAUUUGACUAUUUUGUGCUGAAUUUUUUUUUUUUUUUUUUGGGUAUCGUUGUUCCUAUCCCGCCAAAGUGGACAGUAUUUAUAGAUCGUUUGUUGAUCUACAUAGACAUAGACAGAUAUUUCAAAUGAAAUGGUAUAUUUUGUGCAUGUUUUGGAUCAUGGUCUUUUUUGACAGUUGUAUAUUCUUUGUAAAUAAUCUGCUAUAUGGUACACUUAAUGAGUUUCUUCAGGGUAAGGAGGGAUAUCAUCUCAAGUGUUUACUGAUACAGUUUUACUGUUAUGUAUUUUAGUUCUAUUUGUUAGUCAACUAACUUCUUCCUUCCUUCUUUCUUUCUUUCUUUCUUUCUUUAUGAGCCUGCUUUGUAAAUUUUGUGAGAAAAAUAAUAUUGUAUUUCUAUUAUUUAGUGUCCUGCUUGGCUAUUUUUAUGAAUGAACAUAAAAUUGAAGUGUUUUUUAUGCUACUUGUUUGUCAGUUCAUGAUGGUACAUAACAGAAGCAUUGAUGGCUGUAUUGCAUAUGGCUGAAGAUCAUCUCUUGCUCUUCCUUUAUUCAUUUUUGUACACUUUUUGUAUGCGCUAUAAUGCCUUGAUGUAUCUUUGGGCAGGGUCCAGUCCACCUGUAAAAUGGCGGAUACACACUGAUUCUUUUUGCUCACUGUAAGUCAGGCUGUAGUCAUGUUUUGCACGCUUAUGUGUGUGCUCAGUGUCCUGAUAUCAGUGUCAUGCUGGAUGGGCUUUAGCUCUGUGCCUUGACUUUCCCUCAGGUAUUUUAAAGGGAGUCCAGCUUAAUUUAUGGAGGGGUCCAUUACUAAUUUUUCCUAAUACCUCAGAAUUACUUUUUUUCGAUAUUUAUUGCUGUACUUUGAUUUUCAAAAGUGCUGAUCGUGACACAGAAAGCUCAAACCUAGAAGCCCCUCCACAGAUGAAGCUCAACCCCACAGCUAGAGCUCUACUUGUUUCUCCAACUGUUCUACCCGAGUGCCAUCUGACCCACGAGGAGCAGUUGCAUGCCGUUAGCCGAGCCGGCUCUGCUUCCUGUGGAUCAACCAUACGUGAUUUGCAUAUUUACUGUGUCAAAGGGUUUUUUGUAUCAUUGAAAGUGUUUCAAUAAUAUGUAAUAUAAAAAUAAAAAAAGAGAAACAAA